GCGAAAAAGCGACUGUCGGCAGGAAGCAGCAGAAGGAGAAGAGUCUUUCAGAAGAGACACAGGAACACACGAGCAGCAAUGGCGGAUUCCUCCGAGUCGUUCCACAUGGCCACCAGCCCCAGCCGAGCCUCCAGGAGAGGAGACCUGACCUCCAGCCCCGGGCGAGACCUGCCUCCCUUUGAGGAUGAGUCGGAGGGGCUGCUGGGCGACGGACAGCUGCCUGUAGAUGAGGAGGAGGAGGAAGGAGACGGAGAGGAGCUGAUUGGGGACGGGAUGGAGAGGGAUUACCGUGCCAUCCCGGCACUGGAUCAAUACGAGGCCGAAGGCUUGGACCUGGAUGACGAGGACCUGUCGGAGCUGUCGCCCGGGGCCAGAGCUGCUGCCGAGGAGGCGAUGAGGAGGAGGGACAGGGAGCAAGGAGUCAGUGGACGGCUGAGGAGAGGCCUGCUCUACGACAGCGAAGACGAGGAUGACGAGCGUCCGGCCGCUCGGAGGAGGCGACUGGCCGAGCGUGCUGCCGAGGGCCUCGCAGACGGAGAAGAGGAGGAAAUGAUUGAAAGCAUCGAGAACCUGGAGGACAUGAAGGGUCACACCGUGAGGGAGUGGGUGUCCAUGGCGGCUCCUCGGCUGGAGAUCUACAACCGCUUCAAGAACUUCCUGCGCACGCACGUGGACGAGAACGGCCACAACGUCUUCAAGGAGAAGAUCAGCGACAUGUGCAAAGAGAAUAAAGAGAGUUUGGUUGUAAACUACGAAGACCUCGCUGCCAGAGAACACGUCCUGGCUUACUUCCUGCCAGAGGCUCCCACUGAGAUGCUGAAGGUUUUCGACGAAGCGGCUAAAGAAGUGGUGCUCGCCAUGUACCCGAAAUACGACCGCAUUGCCCACGAGAUCCACGUCCGAAUCUGCAACCUGCCGCUGGUCGAGGAGAUCCGAUCGCUCAGGCAGCUCCACCUGAACCAGCUGAUCCGAACCAGCGGCGUGGUGAGCAGCUGCACCAGCGUCCUCCCCCAGCUCGGCAUGGUCAAGUACAACUGUAACAAGUGUAACUUCGUGCUGGGGCCCUUCUUCCAGUCCCAGAACCAGGAGGUGAAGCCGGGCUCCUGUCCCGAGUGUCAGUCCCAGGGACCCUUCGAGAUCAACAUGGAGGAGACGGUGUACCAGAACUACCAGAGGAUCACCAUCCAGGAAAGUCCCGGUAAGGUGGCCGCUGGUCGCCUCCCUCGAUCUAAAGACGCCAUCCUGCUCGCUGACCUGGUGGACAGCUGCAAGCCAGGAGACGAGAUUGAACUGACGGGCAUCUACCACAACAACUACGACGGCUCUCUGAACAUGGCUAACGGCUUCCCCGUGUUCGCCACGUUGAUCCUGGCCAAUCAUAUCACCCGCAGAGACCAGGGCGUCGCCGUGGCCGAGCUCACUGACGAAGACGUCAAGGCCAUCGUCGCCCUGUCGAAGGACGAACGCAUCGGAGAGAGGAUCUUUGCCAGCAUGGCCCCCUCUAUCUACGGUCACGAAGACAUCAAGAGAGCCCUGGCCCUGUCGCUGUUCGGAGGGGAACCCAAGAAUCCAGGUGGGAAACACAAGGUGCGUGGGGACAUUAACGUGCUUCUGUGUGGAGACCCGGGAACCGCCAAGUCCCAGUUCCUCAAGUAUGCGGAGAAGGUGGCGAGCCGCGCCGUGUUCACCACAGGUCAGGGGGCCUCUGCUGUCGGUUUGACCGCUUACGUUCAGAGACAUCCCGUGAGCCGCGAGUGGACGCUGGAGGCCGGAGCGCUGGUGCUCGCCGACCGAGGAGUCUGUCUGAUCGACGAGUUCGACAAGAUGAACGAUGCAGACAGGACGAGUAUCCACGAGGCCAUGGAGCAGCAGAGCAUCUCCAUCUCUAAAGCCGGCAUCGUCACCUCGCUGCAGGCCAGGUGCACCGUCAUCGCCGCCUCCAACCCCAUCGGCGGCAGGUACGACCCUUCCCUGACCUUCGCCGAGAACGUGGACCUGACGGAGCCCAUCGUGUCUCGUUUUGACGUGUUGUGUGUUGUGCGUGACACCGUCGACCCCGUGCAGGAUGAGAUGUUGGCGCGCUUCGUGGUCGGCUCACACAUCAAGCAUCACCCCAGCAGCAAGGAAGGGGGCGUGGCCUUAGAGGAGUUGGUUCUGCCCAACACGUCCGACGUGCCGCCAAUUCCCCAGGACCUCCUGAGGAAGUACAUCAUCUACGCUAAGGAGCGGAUCCACCCCAAACUGAACCAGAUGGACCAGGAUAAGGUGGCUCGCAUCUACAGUGACCUGCGCAAAGAAUCAAUGGCCACAGGCAGCAUCCCCAUCACGGUUCGUCAUAUCGAGUCCAUGAUCCGCAUGGCUGAGGCCCACGCCAAGAUCCACCUGAGGGACUACGUUGUGGAGGACGACGUCAACAUGGCCAUCAGGGUCAUGCUGGAGAGCUUCAUCGACACGCAGAAGUUCAGCGUCAUGAGGAGCAUGAGGAAGACGUUUUCCCGCUACCUGGCCUUCCGCAGGGACAACAACGAGCUGCUGCUCUUCAUCCUCAAGCAGCUGGUGGCCGAGCAGGUUGCCUACCAGCGCAACAGAUACGGAGUCCAGAACGACACCAUCGAGAUCCCCGAGAAGGAUCUGCACGAGAAGGCGAGACAGAUCAACAUCCACAACCUGUCGGCCUUCUACGACAGCGACCUUUUCCGCUCCAACAGGUUCAGCCACGACGGCAAGAAGAAGCUGAUCCUGCAGCAGUUCUAAGAGCCUCCUCUUACUGCCCUGAAAUAACGAACUGUCUUAUCAGAAGACAACUACUGUCACGUUCAGGGUGAGACGUUGUCAAUGUUUGGGUCUAAACUGUUGAUUUUCUUCUUCUGCCAUUUCUUCACAAACAUAAAUGUUGUUGGCACUUGAAACGCUGCACAGACCUGGUUUAAAAGAAUGAAAGUACCAGCAGAAACAAACAGUCACAGAUCAGUGUUUCCAGUCCAUUAUUUCUGGUAUUUGUGGUGACUGUAAGGAAGGGAAAACAAUAUUUUAUUUAAAAGAAAAAAAGAAAAAGAUCCUUCUCCUCGCCGUGUCAGAUUGUAAAUAAAUGUACAUGUUGUUGAAGAGACACGAUUUAUUGUUUCACUUAAGUGUGUCCAUUAUUCCACCAGACCGUAAAUUUUGGAUGAUGAAGCCUUUCACUUUGUUUUGUAAAUGUAUCCGAAGCUUGGAAAUGUUUCGCCAGAUUGCCACUGUUCUCUUCGUGUUGGAUUGUAGCUCAGUUUUGAUAUUAAAAGAGUAUUUGUUAA